UGUGGGGGCGGCGGCGGAGACUCGCGGUCAGCCGGCCGAGAGCACCAUGCAGUGCUUGGGCGCAGAGUACCUGGUUUCUGCAGAGAGAACCCCCAGGCAGAGAGAGUGGCGACCCCAGAUUUAUAGGAAAUGCACAGAUAAGGCAUGGUUGUUCCUGUUCUUUCUCUUCUGGACUGGUUUGAUGUUCAUCAUGGGCUACUCCGUCAUAGCUGGAGCUACCGGAAGACUCCUCUUUGGCUAUGACAGCUUUGGCAACGUGUGUGGCAAGAGGAACUCUCCAGUGGAAGGGGCCCCUCUUUCAGGGCAAGAUAUGACCCUAAAAAAACAUGUGUUCUUUAUGAAUUCCUGCAACCCGGAAGUCAAAGGCUUGAGGCUUGGUACCAUUGCCCUUUGUGUGUCCAGCUGUCCUGAGGAGCAGCUCAACACGCUGGAAGAGGUCCAGCUCUUUGCAAAUACCAGUGGGUCCUUCCUGUGUGUUUAUAGUUUGAAUUCCUUCAACUAUACCCAGAGUCCAGAAACAGACUCACUGUGCCCCAGGCUACCAGUUCCCCCAAGUAAGUCUUUUCCCUUGUUUAACCGAUGCAUCCCUCAAACACCGGAGUGCUACUCCCUGUUUGCACCUGUCCUGACAAAUGAUGGUGACACUCUCCAUCGAAUUCUAAGUGGAAUCAUGUCAGGAAGAGACACAAUCCUUGGCCUGUGUAUCCUCGCAUUAGCCUUGUCUUUGGCCAUGAUGUUCGCCUUCCGAUUCAUCACCAUCCUUCUGGUUCACAUUUUCAUUUCAUUGGUUAUUUUGGGACUGUUGUUUGUCUGCGGUGUCUUAUGGUGGCUGUACUAUGACUAUACCAACGACCUCAGCAUAGAGCUAGACACCGAAAGGGAGAAUAUGAAGUGCGUGCUGGGCUUUGCUAUUGUAUCCACAGUUGUGACGGCGGUUCUGCUCAUCUUGAUUUUUGUCUUCAGAAAGAGAAUAAAGCUGACAGUUGAGCUUUUGCAAGUUGCAAAUAAAGCCAUCAGCAGCUCUCCCUUCCUGCUGCUCCAGCCAGUAUGGACAUUUGCCAUCCUCAUUUUCUUCUGGGUCCUCUGGGUGGCUGUGCUGCUCAGUCUGGGAACAGCAGGAUCUGCCCAUGCUAUUGAAGGUGGCCAAGUGGAAUACAGGCCUCUUUCCGGCAUCCGGUAUAUGUGGUGGUACCAUUUGAUUGGCCUCAUCUGGACUAGUGAAUUCAUCCUUGCGUGCCAGCAAAUGACUAUGGCUGGGACAGUGGUCACUUGUUAUUUUAACAGAAAUAAAAAUGACCCUCCUGAUCAUCCCAUCCUUUCAUCUCUCUCCAUUGUUCUCUGCUACCAUCAAGGAACUGUUGUGAAAGGGUCGUUUUUAAUCACUGUAGUACGGAUUCCAAGGAUGAUCUUCACGUAUGUGUAUGACGCCCUGAAAGAGAAGCACAACGCGUGGUUGAGAUGCACCUCCAGAUGCUGCUACUGCUGUUUCUGGUGUCUUGACGAAUACGUGCGCCAUCUCAACCAGAAUGCAUAUACUGCAACUGCUAUUAAUGGGACAGAUUUUUGUACAUCAGGAAAAGAUGCACUGAAGAUCUUAACCAAGAAUUCAAGACAUUUUAUAUCUGUUAACAGCUUUGGAGACUUCAUAAUUUUUCUAGGAAAGGUGUUAGUGGUGUGCUUCACAGUGUUUGGAGGACUGAUGGCAUUUAACUACAACCGCGUGCUCCAGGUGUGGGCCAUCCCUCUGUUACUGGUAGCUUUUUUUGCCUACGUAGUAGCCCACAGUUUUUUAUCUGUGUUUGAAACUGUGCUGGAUGCCCUUUUCCUGUGUUUUGCGAUUGAUCUGGAGACAAAUGAUGGAUCAUCGGAAAAGCCCUACUUUAUGGAUCAAGAGUUUCUGAGUUUUGUAAACAGGAGCAGUUUUUUUCAGCAGGGCAGAGCAGCGGGAGAACUACUCACUAAGGAAUGAAGAAGGGACAGAACUGCAACCCAUGUGAGCAUUAGUUUCAGGUUUCUCAUACAAAAUGGAGACAGCACUACCUACUUUGGAUUCAGGAGAGGACCAGAGAGACAAAGAAUAUAAAAAUAAAGCAUGUUUGCCUACCUCAAAGUGACAUUUGAAUGCCUAGUAUAAAAAUAUACACUUCCUAUCAGGUUGUCAGGAGAGUCAAGACAUGUUUUUCUACGCAAAAAUGUAACUUUCCCUACGACUCAGUAGGUUACCAGUUUCAAAAUUUUAUACUACGUUCAACAAAAACUAUGCCGAGCAGACCCUAUGGAAUGAAUACUUUUCAAAAUGCACUGAUACACAAAAGAGCCAGCUCAAAAUAGCUCCACCCCUUGUUUUUCAGAAUGCAGGGGCUCAUGCCUGGUUUAUUUAUCUCAAGCACACACUUUCAGACUUAAAGAGGUUAAAAAAGCAAAUGUGAGUGGCAGCUAGGAGAGAUACAAUAGGUCAUGCUGGGGUCAUUAAGAAAAUCAUCUUUAGCCCAGCAGGUGGCAAGGUGAUUAAGGUGCUGGAUCCCACAUAGCUGACUUUGUGGUCUGAAUCC